CGAGCGAUGACGCGGCACGUCGGCGGCGCGUGACGUUGAGUCCCGGGCAGCGGGCGGGGCCGGUUUGAACGCCGAGGAGCCGGGGCCGCAGCGGGGCAGACAUGGCGGUCAACGUGUACUCCACCUCGGUGACUAGCGACAACCUGAGCCGGCACGACAUGCUGGCCUGGAUCAACGAGUCAUUGCAGCUCACCCUCACCAAGAUCGAGCAGCUGUGCUCAGGUGCUGCCUACUGUCAGUUUAUGGACAUGCUCUUCCCUGGCUCUGUAGCACUCAAGAAAGUGAAAUUCCAAGCAAAGUUGGAACAUGAGUACAUUCAAAACUUCAAGAUUCUACAAGCAGGUUUUAAACGAAUGGGUGUUGACAAAAUAAUUCCUGUGGACAGACUAGUGAAAGGAAAAUUUCAGGACAAUUUUGAAUUUGUUCAGUGGUUCAAAAAAUUUUUUGACGCAAACUACGAUGGAAAGGACUAUGAUCCCGUUGCUGCCCGACAAGGCCAAGAGACAGUAGCACCUAACCUUGUCACUCCAGUUAUGAACAAGCCCAAGAAAGCACUUGGUUCUAGCGGUGCAGCUCCACAGAGACCCAUAGUUACACAGAGGCCCACAGCAGCUUCUAAAACUACCACUGCUAUGGUUAAAAAACCUCCAGGAGGAAUAGGAGAAGAUGAAUCAGCAGAAUUGAUUCAACAGAUUAAUGUAUUGAAGCUCACUGUUGAAGACCUGGAGAAGGAGCGGGACUUCUAUUUUGGCAAAUUGAGAAACAUUGAACUGAUCUGCCAGGAGAACGAAGGGGAGAACGAUCCAGUGCUGCAGAGGAUUGUGGAAAUUCUUUAUGCCACAGAUGAAGGCUUUGUGAUUCCCGACGAAGGAGCACCACAGGAAGAACAAGAAGAGUAUUAACAGUCCACCUACUGUACCAGCGGAGCAGCAACACCAGAAUUCUUUGCCCCAAAUCAUGUGCUUAACUGUAAAAUACUCCACUUUAUUCUUAGAGGACUCACUGGUUUCUUUUCAUAAGCAAAAAAGUACCUCUUCUUAAAGUGCACUUUGCAGAAGUUUCACUCUUUUCCGAUGGGUUUGAGUUAGGAGCUCUUUUUCACUUUGUAGCAGAGCAGUAUUAACAUCUAGCUGGUAUAUUUAGGGAAUAAGAGGCUGAAUAUUUGGAGCUUGUUGCAGAGUUGUUUGCUGGUAAACACUGGGUUGUGGAAAGACUUUUCUGUAUCUGAUGGAGGUGGAAUGUGUAAUAGAGAAAUUAGAUUGACUUGCAGAAAGAUUGAUUUAAUGUGAAAUUGUGGCAGAGAACUUUUAAUAAAAAUGCCUUAAGAGUAUUUAAAAUAUGCUUCCGUAUGCCAAAUUAAAGUAAUGUGACAGGAGAUUUUAUGUGCUUCAUACUGGGGUGAAAAAAUGUCUGACCCCUUACACUGCUGUCUGGGAGGCCUUGCAUGGUGAUAGCCUCCCUUGUGAUAGAUUUCUGUAUCAGCAAGUACCCAAAAGGGGCUAGUAAAACAACUCCAUCCCUGCUCAGUAAAGCUGCUCACCGAGUGAUUAGUUCUCAGUGAAAUAGGUCUUAAUGUUGCCUGUGGCAAGAUUAGAAGGAGUAUGAACAGCUGAGACCACACAUGCAAGUUAUCUUGAGUGCUAAAUCCUUCUCUGUGGCAUUGUGGCUAACAACUUUGCCAAAUUCAUGUACUGUAUUUUCUGGAAAAUAACAUGCAUCCAGGCUUAUUGCCGAAAAAGAAUCUUUGAGUCGCUGUCCUCCGAGGUUCUUGUUUCUCCUUGUCUUGUCUCCUGUUUUUGUGGUGUCCUUUCUAGUCUGUUUUACUCUGGUUUUCCUUCCCUGCCCCACAAAGAUUACUGGUGAAACUAGUGAAUGUAAUGGAACUUGACCGGUCAGGUCUCAUUAUAAUAGAAGUGAGUGCAUUGAGGCUGAUACACUUUUUGUACCUGUUGGGCAGUCUUCCUCUGCCCUUGGUGUACUUGAAUAGUGAUGCUUGCCAGUACAAGAGUCUUCUGGGGAGAAAUCUAAAAGGUGAUGGCUAUUGGAGCUGAUGUUGUUGCAGAAAAUACAGUACCGUGACUAACUUAAAUAUUAAUAUUUAAAACACUUUCUUGAACUGUCCCUUUUGCUCUCGUGCCCCUCAUUCCUGUUGUGUUUGCCAGGUUUCUGCAAGACUAAUUCCCCCGCUACUGAGAUUGAUUGGUCCUGUGCUUGUAUUUGUUUCUGGUGGUAGCUUGUCCUAAAACGUGUGUGUAGAAGGCGAGCAUUUAUGGUAAUUGUGGUUUAGUGCAUGAAUUGUUGUGAAAUUCAGAAGAAAACCCAAAUUCAGUGAAUGCCAAAAAAAUGCAAGUAACCAGCCAUUGUUAAAUUGCAGUGGUACUAUUUUUCUUGUGGCCUUUUAGACUUUUGUUGCCCUAAAAUUCCGUUUUGCCAAGAAACCAUAAUUCACCUGGAUUUUUCUUGACAGGGUUUUUUCUACUUUAAGCAGUUUCUAAAUAAAGUUCUGUAUUUCAAGAGUGUCAUAUCUGCUGUAGUCUAAUAUUCUGGGAUACAAUUAGGUUAAAUUAAAGAUCUUGAUAGUUUCGGUCUGAAAUUUACACAACUCGAAACGUCCCUUUUCCUCCUCCAAUUGUAACCACGUUCCUUGCUAACAUAAGCAGCAGUAAUACUGAAUUUGAGACUUCUGUUGGGGGAAAUGUCUUUAGCAUUUGUUUACAACAAGUGGAAGAAAUGGUAGACUGUGCUUUCUCUUUCCUUGGGUGUAAGCAUGCUACUGGGUCUUUCUCUGUACGUGACUUAUGGCAAAGCCCUCUAAGGCACUGUAUUGCUAGAAAAGAAAAAGUUGGCAGCUAGCCUUAAAAGUCCUAAGAUGCUGAACAUAUGAAUGCUACCAGUGUCUCUCUUAAAAUGGCUGAAUCUCUUGUAACUUGGUCAUCUUGUUAAGUUUUCAGUAAGCUUCAUAGGCAAGCCUGAACGUUAGGUUUGUCAAAGGCACAAUGAAUGACUAGCUUCUGCAGGAAAUGCUAAUGUGGUUCCUAGGAGUUAUGACAGGUCCCUGAGACUUGCCUCUGUUUAUGCUGGAGGUGACUGGAAUGGUCCAUGAAUCCAGUUCCUAAGCAAUAGGCAGUGGUGGCAAC